AUGGGUGAUGACUCAGUACCAUCUUUGUUCGAUCAAGGAACAACUAAGACAUAUCAAAUACCUAUUGGUCAUCUGGACUACAAAUUCAUUGAGAAAUGCACAGAUGUUAAACACUUAGAAAAGAUUCUCAGGGUAUUAAGGUCUGGUGAGGAGGGAUGUUAUCCUGAUCUUACAUUAUUUUGUGAAAAGCGUAUUGAGUGUUUGCACCCAGGGAGCAGAGCUCUGAGAAAAGAUAAACCUGCAGCCACAGCCUCUGAUUUUACUGCUGAAGAAUGGGAAACAAUUAAUGGUGAACUAAUGAGCUGGGUGGCAGAAAUGAAUGAAGAUGAUUAUAAAUCACAGUUUUCCAAAACAGAUACACUGCAUGAAAGACAAGAUAACUUGCCUCCCAUUCGUUGUUCUAGCAGCUCUCUUCCUGCUAAUAAGAACAAAAACUUGCAGAACAAACAAAGAAACAAGAAAAAUAUACCACGGGAUUACAGUGAAUGGGACAAGUUUGAUGUAGAAAAGGAGUGCUCUAAAAUUGAUGACGGCUGUGAGGAAAAUAACUCCAAAGCAAGAUUCUUUACUAGACCAAGUUUACCUGUAAUUGAGAAGAAAAUAGAUACAACAGGCAUGCCAAAGAAAGAAAAGAUGUUUAUUGCUAUUCGUGAAAAGGAAAAGGGCAAUGAAGCCUUUGCUAUUGGGGAUUAUAUGGAAGCGGUGACAUAUUACACUCGGAGUAUAUCAGUGUUGCCCACUGUGGCUGCAUAUAAUAACAAAGCUCAGGCAGAAAUCAAACUUCAGAACUGGCACAGUGCUUUGCAGGAUUGUGAGAAGGUGCUAGAUAUGGAACCUGGCAAUAUAAAAGCUCUGAUGCGCCGUGCCACUGUACACAAUCAUCUGCAGAAUUACCAGACAGCUAUAGAGGAUCUGAAGAAAGUAUUGUAUGUUGAACCAGAAAAUGCUGUAGCUAAGAAAAAUCUGUUAGAGAUUGAAAAGAAACUGGAAGACUUAAAGCCUGUAUCUGAGACUAAAAGCAAAGGAAAAAAAAUACUAAUUCAAGAUAUAGAGGAUUCAGAAGGUGAUGAAGAAAGACAGGAAAAUACAAAAGAAUGUGAAAGAAGCAGAGGAGAUAAAGAAAUUGGUGUACCAGUAAUAGGAGAGGCAGCUACUGAGAAGCCUGAGAUGGGGAACGCACAUAAAAAGUUUCCUAGCAAAGGAGAUGGCAUUAAGUCAGAAGACAGAGAGACACAGAAGCAGAAGGAAUACACUGAGAAUGGAGUGAAAAAAGGCACACCAAAGAAAAAGGCACAAAAACAAUUACCAGACCAUGAAGAUGAAGUUAAUGGCUAUUUAAGCAGUGACAAAAAGAGUGAAAGCCAUGAAGCUGAGAAGAUCUCCAGAUCACAUGGAACAGGGUCUCUGUCUGCUGGUGGUGGCAGUUCUUUGCUUCCUCCUACUGCAACAAAACUAAAAAGUGAAGGGAAUGAGUUGUUUAAAAGUGGACAGUUUGGAGAAGCUGUGCUCAAAUACUCAGCAGCAAUUGAAUAUGUCAUGGGUUUAGGAGAACAAAGUCCAGGUGAUAUAAGUAUCUUAUACUCAAACAGAGCAGCGUGUUACCUCAAAGAAGGGAACUGCAGUGACUGUAUUCAGGAUUGUAACAGAGCUCUGGAACUUCAGCCAUUUUCUCUUAAGCCUCUUCUACGACGAGCAAUGGCAUAUGAGUCUAUGGAGCGAUAUAGACAAGCAUAUGUUGAUUAUAAGGCAGUUCUACAAAUAGACAGCAGCAUCCAAGCAGCAAAUGAUAGUGUUAAUAGAAUAACAAAAACUUUAAUAGAUCAAGAUGGUCCUAGUUGGAGGGAGAAGCUGCCACCAAUUCCAGUUGUCCCAGUUUCUGUUCAGCUACACAGGUGGGAUGGAGGCAGCUUCACUUCAGAGACGAAGCCCAAAAGCACUGCAGACACCAACAGAGAAGAACGGUUGCAGAUGAAUGGUGAAAGAGAUGAGGAGAAAUUCAAGACAUUGAAAAACGAAGGGAAUGAUUUUGUAAAGAAGGGUAAAUACGAAGAAGCUGUAAAUAAGUACAGUGAGUGCAUGAAGUUAAAUCCCAAGGAAUGUACUAUAUACACUAACAGAGCUCUCUGUUACUUGAAACUGUAUAAAUAUGAAGAGGCUAAGCAGGAUUGUGAUCAUGUUCUUCAGAUAGAAGAUUCUAAUAUUAAAGCUUUCUAUAGAAGAGCACUAGCAUACAAAGGAUUGCAGAAUUACCAAGCCAGUGUUGAUGAUCUCAACAAAGUACUUCUAAUAGAUCCAAAUGUUCUUGAAGCAAAAAAGGAACUACAACAGAUAACACAACUGCUUAACCUUGAGAGCAGUGCUGUAGCUGGCAGUCAACAAAAGCAAAGGAAGAAAAUAACCAUACAAGAGGUGACUGAAUUUGAUGAACAAAAGGAGGGACAGUCUGCUGCAUCAGAUGAUGCUGUGACCAAUCAAGCUGUUUCUGAAGAAGAAGUGCAAAUGACUGUGCCACUGAAGACCUCUGAAAAACUGUCUAUUUCGGAACCAGCUAACGCUUAUGACUUUGGUCAGAUUAUAAACACAGUGAAUGCCAAUAAGGAUAAAUGUGCUUGUGCAGAUCUUUUAACAAUGAUUGAUCCGCCAAAAUUGCCAGUGCUGCUAAGUAACAAACUUGAAGGAGAGAUCUUUUUCAUUUUUAUCCAAGCAUUGGAAUGUUAUGUACUUGGAAAAGAUCCUGGCCUUGUUUAUCAGCACCUUUUCUACUUGAGUAAAGCAGAAAGAUUUAAGGUAGUACUGGCACUUCUUAGCAAAAAUGAAAAGGAGCAGAUUCAGAAACUAUUUGACUUGCUUUCAGAAAACCAAAACCAUCAAUACUCUUUGGAAGAUCUGGAGAGCCUUAAAAAAGUUUAUGAACUUUAAGAAGAAUUUAAAAUUUAUUUAUUGCAUGCAUAUAGUUGAUGUUAAUAAGAUGGAUGAAUGAACUAUGCAGACUUGAAUGGGAUAAAAUAGGUCUUUAACUGGACUGUUUUGAAUUCCAUUUUGUUUUAGUGGCACAUGCACAUUUUAAAACUUGCUGCUCUUUUUUCUUAUAG